AUGCCGCGACUCAGUCAUGCCCACCUGAAUAGCUUGAAGCACUGGCACCUCAAGUGGCUCCAUUCAGCCCUCCCAACCCGCCCUCCGAAACCACAAAAGCCAUGCCUUUUACUAUACCUGGAUAAGGCAGUUUUGAUCGCAAUCGGCGAGUACGUCUCGCUGGUAGAUCAAGUCUGUCUAUCCCUUAGUUGCAAAAAGCUCUACCUUAUGCUCAAAGAGAGCAGAGAAAAUAAGGACCUUGAGUUCCCUCGACUUUUGGAUCUCCGAAUCCCCAUCCUAUGUGUGAACAGCCCCGACGUGCCUCGAAACCAAUUGCUUCUUCGACUAGAAAACCGACAGUGGUCAUACUGUGCGGAAUGUCUUAUGCUCCAUCCACGGAGAGAAUUCAGGAAAGUUUCUCUUCGGCGGCCUCCUUCGCAGAGGGCGUGUACUGAUUUCGCUGGAAUUGUUGAUCUUUGUCCCUGCAUCGCCCUGACGGUCCGCGAUCGGGAAAGGAUCUUCGAGCGGCUCAAGUCCGCUGUUAGGCCGGACAGAAAUGAAUUCGGCCCUUUCAAUUGCUUUUUUGUGAAUGGGGAGGCGUCUCUCGGCCACUCCUGCGCAAGGAACGGCAGAUUGCGGGACGAAGCCAGUGUCGUGGUUCAUCUGAGAAUCAACACCUCAGGUGAACUUGAGGCUAUCCUGCGGUAUACUCUGCCUGAUUGUUCGAUGGACGCUCAUGUUCUAGCGGAGCCCAUCUUCGCGUGCCCGCAUCAGGAUCUACAGUCCCUUGCAUGCACCGACAAAACGACCAAAGUCUGUUCGAGGUGCGAAACAUUUAUUUUCAAGUCGAUGGCGCCCGCAGAAAACCUGAUCGUGUUCGAGGUGAUUCGAUGUCUGGGCAGCGUCCCUUGGCCUGCUGAUCCGGUUUGGAUGAACCAGUGUCGCCUCAGCGGCCAUUGGUACUCACAUAACGAGUUGUACUGGUGGAGGUCGCAGGAAUUGGAAAGAAAUAUGCAAGGGGAGCUUGGCCAGUGGGAGAGGAGCUAUUGCCUGCAGCAACGAGCUCUCCUCCAAAAAGAGCGUGAGGCUGCACAGAGGCUACUACUGUUGAACACAGCACUUUUGAAUUCUCUAUCUGUAAUCUGGCCUUGA